UUCUAAAUGCGUGGCCUAGGGCGGCUUUUAUAUUUGAUUGGUGGUAAUGGAAGUUCUAGCAAAUGUUUCCAACACAUGUAGUUUGGUAAGCGCUGAAGAAAUCCUUUGCCUACCUGGGCAACGGAUAUGUCUGUCGGAAGAAACCACAGUAGCGGGACAAGGGACAUAUGAGCGUGGCGGUUACAUUUAUGCUACAUUAGCUGGUAGCGUGCAAGUUAGGGAAAAGGAUAAGUGUAAAUACAUUGAAGUUAAGUGCGCUGGUAGCCAGACUAUUGUACCUGUGGCGGGAGAUGUGGUAACGGCGCGUGUUCUACAAGUGAACCAACGCUUCGCAAAGUGUUCUAUAAUCUGUAUUGGCGACCAUAUACUUGAACGAACAUAUCGAGGGAUUGUGAGGAAAGAAGAUGUCCGUGCUACAGAAAAGGAUCGUGUGGAAAUGUACAAAUCAUUCCGCCCUGGAGAUGUAAUACUAGCACGAGUGCUUCCUCAAACUGAGCUGACAUGCUACCAACUUAGUACUGCAGAGAACGAAUUAGGUGUAGUGGUUGCGACUUCUAGCGAGAGUGGUACAAAUGGUCCACCAAUGGUGCCUGUUAGUUGGACCGAGAUGCAAUGCCCCAAUACAUUAGUCAAAGAACCGCGAAAAGUUGCAAAAAUUGUUGCAGAGAGCUCUUUAAAAACUGAGCUGGAGCAAGAAAAGUAAAGUGCUGGGUAUAUAUGUAUGUACAUAAAUAAAAAGUACAUUUGUGGGUCGAUUAUGGAUGGCAGCGCAACCGCAGUUGGGUUGCCGAUGGGCGACGCCACUGAAAUGAAAAUAAUAUGAAUAGCAAUUAUAGUUAAACAUUUAGAAAUAAAUGAAAUGGGUAUUAAAUUUGAAAAAAUACCGGUAAAAUAUAAUUGCUGACUUUUUGAAAAAAAAAUA